GACUAUUUUGUGGUUGCCAGAGUUGAGGAUUACAUUAAACAAAUUUGAGAAGAGCACAUUGAAGAUGGAUGUGAUAGAAUUAUUAGUUUUAUUUGCGGUUUUGCAGCUGCUUGCAGUUUUAGCAUUUGCUAUUUCUCCAUAUGUAAGGCCCAGACGGUUUAAACUGAAAGGAUCGCAUGUGAUUAUAACAGGUGGUUCAAGUGGCAUAGGAAAAGCUGUUGCAGUAGAAGCAGUAAAAAAUGGUGCAAGUGUCACUCUUAUGGCCAGAAAAAAGGCCAAACUUUUAGAGGCCCAACAGGAAGUUGAAAAAUAUGUCCAAGAAGGUUCAAAACAGCGAGUAAAUAUAAUUGUACUAGAUGUUGCCGAUGAAUAUUCAAAGGUUGAGCAGGCAUUUAAAGAGGCUGUCUCUGAACUUGGCCCAUGUGACAUGUUGGUAAAUUCUGCAGGCGUGUCGUGUUCUAAGGCCUUUGUGGAUACAGAUAUUGAAGAGUUCGAGAAUGUAAUGAAAAUUAACUUGAAUGGAACAGUGCAAGCAACAAGGGCUGUGUUAGACCAGAUGAUGUCAAGGCAGCGUGGCAGGAUUGUCCUCAUUUCAUCCCAGGCUGGCCAGAUCGGACUGUAUGGCUUCACUGCCUAUUCUGCUUCUAAGUUUGCCUUACGAGGCUUUGCAGAGAGCCUACAGAUGGAGGUGAAACCAUAUGAUAUCUAUGUGACUGUGAACUGCCCUCCAGACACAGAUACGCCAAUGCUACAAGCAGAGAGUAAUGAUAAGCCAAAAGAAACACAAUUAAUUUCGGAGACUGCUGGAUUAUUUCAACCAGAUGUCGUCGCAAAAAUAAUUCUCAAAGAUUCUCAGCGUGGUGUGUUCUUGAGCUAUGUUGGACUUGAUGGAUUUCUUCUGAAGCAGAUAACUUGUGGGAUGUCAACUGUUAUAUCAACUGCAGAAGCACUCCAGCAGGUUUUUCUGGUGGGGAUUUGCAGAGCCAUUGGUCUAUUCUACCUUACAUCCUUUGACAAGAUUGUACACAAAUGCAAAAGGGAGCGUGAGAUGGCGGCUAUCACAGAAAAAAAUAAAAGUGAAUAAAUUCUAAGGGGGACACUGAACCAGGCUCAGGGGAUUGAUGUGAGGGUCUGGGGUGAAUAAGCAGCUUUCGAUUUGGACGACGCGGCGUUUUAUGACGGGCAGUGGAGCGUGAAACCGUACUGCGCAUGCGAAUACAUGCGAAGUCGUUUGUUGUGUGGAUUUGACAACGGGCUUUGAGCGAUUUGGCGUUGUGUUGACUACGGCAACGUGAGUUUUAUAAAUACGCGCUCGCUGUGGCGCCUGCAUAAUUUGAUCACGCAAUACGAGGGAGCGCGUCGUCCUGUAAAUCGAAACAGCUUUGAUGUUGAGACGGGAAGUGCAUAGUAUGACAUUCAUGGUUGACUGAAUUCCCCGUCGCAGCUCCCCGCGUCGCCCAUUUCGAAAGCUUGCUAAUGUCUAGCAGAGGUCGUCCUGGUGCUAUAUUUGAAUUUAAUUUUGUAUAUUUAUAACUUUAAUUUGGUGUAUAUGAUAUCACUAUUCAGCAUGGUAAUUAUUAAUAAAUAUACUUAAUAUAUAACCAUCAGUUUUCUAAUUAGAAUUAUUGGUAAUUCACUUUAAUUAAUUUAUCUUAAAUUUUAUAAAUAAGUGGGUGUGGUAACUUAAUAUUAAUAAUUUAGAUAAGUGGUUGGGAAUAAUAAUUUUUUUUUUUAAUUAGCUAAUUGUUCUUUAUUAUGCAGGUAGUAACUAAUAGUUAAUGCUGAAUACUAUUGUAAUUCACAUUUAAUAUUUUACAAAUAUUUAAUCAAUAAUUUUAAUACAAUGAAGCAAAAAAUAAAGGUGAUAACAAACUCAAGUAAAAUUCGAAA